CUUUCCCCCCUCUUGGCUCAUUUCCGGCCGCGGCUGCUUGGCUUCCCUCGGAGGAAUCGGGAGAGAGAGAGAGAGAGAGUGAAGAAACAACAGCCGCCAUUUUGUUUGUGUGUGUGAGAAGAGAGAAGAGAGCGCGACUGGCUCCAGGGAAGAGAGGGAAGAGAGAGGACGGAGAAAGAGAGACAGAGACAGAGAGAGAAGGGGGACCGGGGAGAGAAGGAAGGGAAAGAAAGGAGGAAGGAAGGCAACGACGGCUGAGAGAGAUCCGGGCACUCCUCGGUUCAGGGAAGAGCCGAGGCCAGCCGAGAGCGUCGCCGACCCGUCUCGCUCCCGGCCUGGGCUUGGGACCCCACCCACAGCGCCGAGGGAGCAGGGCUUGGGGCCUGUGGCCUGGCUCUGCGCCUCCUCCAUUCCCUCCCUCCAUGGCGGGCAGGAGACGGAGCCCUCCGAGUAGCAGCAGAAACGCCUGAGGCACCACCACCACCGCCGCCUCGGCUCCGGAGCCCCGUCUCCCUCCGCCUCCUCCUGGCUCUCCAUUAGUCAGUCGCCCUCCUUCUUUCCGGGGAGGGGAAAAGAGGCAGCGGGAGAGAGAGCGAGAGAGGGAGGGGGAGGGGCCGUCCUAGCUUCCUCCUCCUCCUCUGGGAUCGAUCCCUCCGCCUGACCAGAAGGGGGGUACCCUGCCACAGAGAGAGAGAGAAAGGAAGGAAGGAAAGGUAGAGGAGGAAGAGAAGAGGAAGAAGAGCCCUCCUCCCUCUCUCCUUCCCUCCCUCCAUCGGGACAACAACCCCCUCCUCCUUGUUCCUGCACAACAAGAUGUGAAGCGGGGACUCCUGGGACUUCUCUGCUGCUGCUUCUUCAUCCUCCUUUCCUGCAGCCAUUGGUAGUGACUGACUGGCCGGCCAGGGAGGCGGCGGUAGGGGGAGCCGGGGACCCCCUUUUCCUUCUCCUCCCUCUCCACCUGGGGGCCAUCUCGUCGGCGGGGAAGCGGGGACGGUUCUCCUUCGCCUUUUUCUCCCCCCCGCUCCUCCUCCUUCGCCCGCCGCCUCCUUGUGGCGAUGAGGAGGAGGAGGACGACGCCGAGGAGGAAGAGGUUGAUGGCGGCAGAGAAGAGGCAGCAGGAGGAGGAGAAGAAGAAGGAGGAGGCGACCACGACGACGGCGUUGGCUUCCACGGCGACCCCCCGGAGGAGGAUGGCGAUGAAGAUGGUGGCGUUGGCGGCCGCGAGGAAGCCCCAACAGCCCCGCAGCCGGAUUUGAGCCGGCUUGGGGAACCCAUCAAGUCUUGCUCCCUUGUUGUUACUCUUUUUGAUCCUCUGUGGCAUCCAGAGAAAAAAGACUGCUUCUGCUGCUGCUGCUUCUUCCACACCCUGUUUCUUCAUCUCUGUUUUCUCCCCUCUUAGUCGCUGCUGCUACCCAACGGAGACAGAUCCCGAGGGGCAUUAAAAGAAAGAAAAAAGAGGAACUUUGUUCUUUUCUUCUUCUUCUUCUCGUAUUUGUUGUUGUUCACUUGAUUCCUGAUCCGAGGAGGUGGCUUUUGCGGCACUGGAGAUCGAUCCCCGUCUUCAAUUUGGGCUCUGUUUGUCUAAAAAAGAAUUAAAAAUGGCCGAGAAUGUGGUGGAGUCGGGCCCGCCUUCAGCCAAGAGGCCUAAACUCUCCUCACCGGCUCUCUCUGUCUCUGCAAGCGAUGGCACAGAUUUUGGAUCCCUCUUUGAUUUGGAACAUGAUUUACCAGAUGAACUGAUUAACUCCACAGAACUGGGACUUACCAAUGGCGGUGACAUUAACCAGCUUCCAACUAGCCUUGGUAUGGCACAAGAUGCUGCUUCUAAACACAAACAGCUGUCUGAACUACUACGAGCUGGUAGCUCACAAAAUCUUAAUAUGGGAGUUGGGGGUCCAGGCCAGGGCAUGGCCACCCAACCUCAACAGAACAAUCCUGGAAUGGGAAUCUUAAACAGUAUGGUCAAAAGCCCUAUGGCACAGGCUGCAUUAACAUCUUCAAAUUUGGGAAUGGGUGCAAGUGGACCAAAUCAAGGUCCAUCAACUCAAUCCACUGCAGGAAUGAUGCCAGCAGUAAACAGUCCAGUAACUCAGCCUGGAAUGGGAAUGAAUGCAGGAAUAAAUGCUGGCAUGAAUCCUGGUAUGUUGACUGCAGGAAAUGGACAAGGAAUGAUGCAGGGACAAGUUAUGAACGGUUCAAUUGGAGCUGGGAGAGGACGGUCCAACAUGUCGUAUCCAAACCCAGGAAUGAGUAAUGCUGGUAACUUGUUGGCUGAAACACUGCAGCAAAGUUCUCCACAAAUGGGAGGACAGGCAGGCUUGCGGGGACCUCAGCCUGGUGGCGUAAUGAACAAGAUGGGAAUGAUGAACAACCCCAGUCCUUACGUCCCACCGUACAGCCAGAACACUGGACAACCAAUUGGAGCCAGUGGGCUUGGUCCUCAGAUGCAGAAUAAGCCGGUAUUGCCCAACAGCUUGCCUCAGUUCCCAAUGGACAAGAAGCCAGUGCCUGGUUCAGUAAUGCCUAACAUGGCUCAACAGCAGACUCCUCCAGUUCAGCAGGCUGGAAUGGUGUCAACUGCCCCACAGGGUAUGGGAUCAGGAGCACCUACUGCAGACCCAGAAAAACGGAAGCUUAUUCAGCAACAACUUGUUCUCCUCUUGCAUGCUCACAAAUGUCAGCGGCGGGAACAAGCAAAUGGUGAGGUUCGACAGUGUAACCUCCCUCAUUGUCGAACCAUGAAGAAUGUUCUUAACCACAUGACACAUUGCCAGGCUGGAAAAUCCUGCCAAGUGGCUCAUUGUGCAUCUUCACGACAAAUCAUAUCACACUGGAAGAAUUGUACACGGCAUGAUUGUCCGGUGUGUCUCCCUCUCAAGAAUGCUGGAGACAAAAGAAAUCAACAAUCAUUAUUAGGUGGUGCUGCAGUGGGACUUGGCAAUUCUGGAUCCGUAGGAGUUGGACAACAAACGACACCCAAUUUAAAUGCUACUAACCAGAUUGACCCCAGCUCUAUUGAAAGGGCUUAUGCAGCUCUUGGACUGACGUAUCAAGGGAACCAGAUGCAAACCCAGACUCAAGCUCAAGUGAAGAGCCAACAACAGGGACAGUCACCACAAGGUCUUCGCCCCAUGAAUCCCACAAAUGCUAAUCCCAUGGGAGUGAAUGGAGGUGUUGGCGUUCAAGCCCAAAGUCUGAUACCUGAAUCAAUGUUGCAUUCAGCUAUGAAUUCUCAAAACCCUAUGAUGAACGAAAAUGCCAAUGUUGCCAGUCUAGGGGCCAUGCCAACUGCAACUCAUCCAUCUGGCAUCGGGAUUCGAAAACCAUGGCAUGAAGAUAUUACUCAGGACCUCCGAAAUCACCUUGUUCAUAAACUAGUACAAGCCAUAUUUCCAACGCCUGAUCCUGCAGCACUAAAAGAUAGGCGCAUGGCAAAUCUUGUCUCUUAUGCUCGGAAAGUAGAAGGAGACAUGUAUGAAUCAGCAAAUAGUAGGGCAGAGUAUUACCAUUUAUUAGCAGAGAAGAUUUAUAAAAUCCAGAAGGAAUUGGAGGAAAAAAGGAGGACAAGAUUGCAGAGGCAGAACAUGAUCCCAAAUCCCCCGGGCAUGCCACCAGCCCCUAUGAAUCAAGGGCCUAUGGGGCAGCCACAGCCUGGAAUGACAGCAAAUGGUCCUCUUCCUGACCCAAAUAUGAUCCGUGCCAAUGUGCCAAACCAGAUGAGUCGCAUGCAGACACCACCAGGAAUGAAUCAGUUUGGCUCAAUGAACAUGCAGAUGCCAUCAGUUGGACCCCGGCAAACUCCUCCCCUUCAGCACCCUGCACAACUAAGCCAGACAGGGACCAUGAGCCAGAUGGGAUUUUCCCCACGUAUGCAACAGCAAGGGGUUGGACAGCCUUCCAAUCAAAGUCAGUUUCUGCAGCAGAACCAGUUUCCUGCAUUGUCACCUGGCAUGAAUCCAACAAACACGCCUAUGACUCAACCUGGCAGUCAGACUCCAACUUCUCAAGCACAAAUGACCAGCUCUUCUUGUCCUGUGACUUCUCCUGCUGUGGCUUCAGGUUCCCAAGGGAGCCAUAUUCAUUGCCCCCCUGUUCCACAGUCUACUUUGCAUAGAAACUCUCCUUCUCCAGUACCAAGUCGUACUCCUACACCUCACCAUACACCCCCAGGUCUGAUACCCCAGCAACAGCAGCAGCAGCAACAACAGCAACAGCCACCAGCACCACCACAAGCGACAAUUGCUUCUGCUCCUGCCACAGUGUCUCAAGCAAUGGCAUCUGGACCACAGCCUCAAACUAUGCAUCCUCCCCAGAGACAAACUCCAACGCCUCCCCAGACUCAGUUGACUCCACAAGUGCAGCCUCCAGUCUCUGUGACCCCUUCAGCAGAGCAGCAGCUGCCACAACAGCCUCUUUCACAGCAGAGCACCACUGCAUCUGUACCCACCCCAACAGCAGCACUGCAGUCUCAGCAUCCUACAACACCUCUUUCACAGGCAGGCGCAAAUAUUGAUGGGCAAGUAUCAAACCCACCAUCUGCCAGCAGUGCAGAUGUCAACUCUCAACAGGCUGCUCCUGAGCAGCAGCAGCAGCAACAACAACAACAACCUAUGCCUGAAAUCAAAAUGGAAGUUAAAAUGGAAGAGGAGGAGUCAGAACAGACAGAUCUGCAAAUGGAAGAAAAACCAGAGGUUAAAGUAGAAUCCAUGGUAGAAGAAUAUAAACCUGAACCAACAGAGCAAGAAGAAAAGAAACCAGAAGUGAAGCAAGAGGUGAAGGAGGAAGAGGAAAGACCGAGUACUCCAGGUACUCAAUCUUCACCAGCGUCAGGACAGUCAAAGAGGAAAAUUUUCAAGCCAGAAGAGUUGAGGCAGGCACUUAUGCCAACUUUAGAGGCACUUUACCGUCAGGAUCCUGAGUCCCUUCCCUUCAGGCAGCCUGUGGAUCCCCAGUUACUAGGAAUUCCUGAUUAUUUUGAUAUAGUGAAGAACCCCAUGGAUCUUUCUACCAUCAAGAGGAAGCUUGACACAGGACAGUAUCAGGAGCCCUGGCAAUAUGUUGAUGACAUUUGGCUUAUGUUCAAUAAUGCCUGGCUUUACAACCGCAAAACAUCUAGAGUGUAUAAGUACUGUUCCAAGUUGGCAGAGGUUUUUGAGCAGGAAAUUGAUCCAGUUAUGCAGAGCCUUGGAUAUUGCUGUGGACGAAAGUUGGAGUUUUCACCACAGACAUUAUGUUGCUAUGGAAAACAGUUAUGCACAAUCCCAAGGGAUGCUACAUAUUACAGUUACCAAAACAGGUAUCAUUUCUGUGAGAAGUGCUUCAACGAAAUCCAAGGGGAGAGCGUUGCUUUGGGGGAUGACCCAUCACAACCACAAACAACAAUAAAUAAAGAUCAAUUUUCAAAAAGAAAAAAUGACACACUGGAUCCCGAACAAUUUGUUGAAUGUAUAGAGUGUGGAAGAAAAAUGCACCAGAUUUGUGUGCUUCACAAUGAGAUUAUCUGGCCAACUGGCUUUGUUUGUGAUGGUUGCUUAAAGAAAAGUGGGCGAACCCGAAGAGAGAAUAAAUUCUGUGCUAGACGGUUGCCAACUACAAGACUUGGUACAUUCUUGGAGAACAGAGUGAAUGAGUUCCUGAGAAGACAAAAUCAUCCUGAGUCAGGCGAAGUCAUUGUUAGAGUGGUUCAUACUUCAGAAAAAACUGUAGAAGUUAAGCCAGGAAUGAAAGCAAGGUUUGUAGAUAGCGGAGAGAUGGCAGAACAGUUCCCUUAUCGAACAAAAGCCCUCUUUGCUUUUGAAGAGAUUGAUGGUGUAGAUUUGUGCUUUUUUGGAAUGCACGUUCAGGAAUAUGGGUCAGACUGCCCUCAACCCAACCAGAGGCGAGUAUACAUAUCGUACCUUGACAGUGUUCAUUUCUUCCGCCCUAAAUGCUUGAGGACUGCUGUAUAUCAUGAAAUACUAAUAGGAUACCUAGAGUAUGUUAAGAAGUUGGGGUAUACAACUGGACAUAUCUGGGCCUGCCCACCUAGUGAAGGAGAUGAUUACAUUUUCCAUUGUCAUCCACCUGACCAAAAGAUACCCAAACCGAAACGGCUGCAGGAGUGGUACAAAAAGAUGCUGGAUAAAUCUGUGUCAGAGCGCAUAGUCCAUGAUUAUAAGGAUAUUUUUAAGCAGGCAACAGAAGACCGUCUAACAAGUGCAAAAGAACUGCCUUACUUUGAGGGGGAUUUCUGGCCAAAUGUUCUAGAAGAAAGCAUUAAGGAGCUAGAACAAGAGGAGGAGGAGCGGAAGAGAGAAGAGAACACUAGCAAUGAGAGCACUGAUGUUAGCAAAGGAGAUAGCAAAAAUGCCAAAAAGAAGAAUAACAAAAAGACUAGUAAAAAUAAGAGUAGCUUGAGCCGUGGAAAUAAAAAGAAGCCUGGAAUGCCCAAUGUCUCCAAUGACCUUUCCCAGAAACUGUAUGCCACUAUGGAGAAGCACAAGGAGGUAUUCUUUGUGAUCCGUCUCAUUGCUGGCCCUCAAGCCAAUUCACUGCCUCCCAUUAUUGAACCGGACCCACUUAUUCCAUGUGACUUAAUGGAUGGGCGUGAUGCCUUCCUCACCCUUGCUAGAGACAAACACCUUGAGUUUUCUUCACUACGAAGAGCAAUGUGGUCAACUAUGUGUAUGCUGGUAGAGCUGCACACACAGAGUCAGGACCGAUUUGUUUAUACCUGCAAUGAGUGCAAGCACCAUGUGGAGACAAGAUGGCAUUGCACAGUCUGUGAGGAUUAUGACCUCUGCAUCACCUGCUAUAACACUAAAAAUCAUGAGCACAAGAUGGAGAAACUGGGUCUUGGUAUUGAUGAUGAGAGCAACAACCAACAGACAGCCACCACACAGAGCCCCGGGGAUUCCCGCCGCCUGAGCAUCCAACGCUGUAUCCAGUCUCUGGUCCAUGCCUGCCAGUGUCGCAAUGCCAACUGCUCACUGCCGUCCUGUCAGAAGAUGAAGAGGGUUGUGCAACACACUAAAGGCUGCAAGCGCAAAACGAAUGGAGGGUGCCCAAUUUGCAAGCAGCUUAUUGCCCUUUGCUGCUACCAUGCUAAGCACUGCCAGGAGAACAAGUGCCCAGUGCCCUUCUGCCUCAACAUCAAACACAAGCUUCGCCAGCAACAGCUUCAGCACCGUUUGCAGCAAGCUCAGAUGCUCCGCAGGAGGAUGGCAAGCAUGCAGAGGACCGGCAUAGUAGGCCAGCCGCAGGGGUUGCCUUCACCAACACCAGCUACACCAACGACUCCUACAGGACAGCAGCCACCAACCCCUCAGACCCCGCAGCCACAGCCUCCACCCCAGCCUGCCUCACAGCCACAGCCGCAGCCUCCAAGUAACAUGUCUCCAUUUAAUAUUUCAAGAAUUCAACCUCCUGGAACUGUGUCUCAAGGAAAAGCUGGUGACCAGGUAACUCCUCCGACAACUCCUCAGACUGCUCAGCCACCUAUCCAGGGUCCUCCUGCAGCUGCGGUAGAAAUAGCCAUGCAGAUACAACGAGUAGCAGAUCACCAGCGGCAGAUGGCUCAUGGUCCUAUCUUCCAGAGGCCAAUUCAACACCCAAACCAGAUGGCUCAAAUGAAUCCAAUACAGCCGAUGAGUGUUACACCACCUCAGAUGGCCAGGGGUCCCGGUGGCCACAUUGAUCAAGGCAUGGGACCAACGGGAAUUCAGCAGCAGCCAGCUUGGGCCCAGGGAGGGUUGCCUCAACCUCAGCAGCUGCAGCAGGGAAUGCAGAGACAAUCGAUGAUGUCAAUGGCCCAGCCUGGGCAGCCGAUCAAUAUGUCCCCACAGCCAGGAAUGGGUCAAGUACCAGGUGCAGCUCAGUCGAAAGCAAGUCCUCUGCCCCAGGCAGCCUUACAAAACCUGCUGCGGACUCUCAGGUCUCCCAGCUCUCCCAUGCAGCAGCAGCAGGUGCUUAACAUCCUGCAUUCCAAUCCUCAACUUUUAGCUGCUUUCAUCAAGCAGCGGGCUGCCAAGUAUGCUGGGAACCAGAAUCCACAGGGCAUGCAAGGGCAACCUGGAAUGCCUCAGGGGCAGCCAGGGCUGCAGCAGCAACAGGCUAUGCCAGGGCAGCAAGGUGUGCACCCAAAUCCAGCCAUGCAAAACAUGAAUCCAAUGCAAGUGGGUAUUCAGAGGCCCAGCAUGCCCCAGCAGUCACCACCUCAGCAGCCUCCACCCCAGCAGGCUAUGGGUGGAAUGAAUCCUCAGGCACAGCCAAUGAACAUGCAGUUCCGGGAUCUCCUAAUGAGGCGGCAUCAAAUGAUGGAGCAGCAACGUCAGCAGCAACAGCAGCAACAGCAACAAGGCGCAGGCCCUGGGUUGGGUCCUGGCAUGGCCAACCAUAACCAGUUCCAACAGCCGCAGGGAGUCGGGUACCCCCAACAACAGCAGCAGAGGAUGCAACACCACAUGCAGCAACUGCAGCAAGGAAACAUGGGACAAAUGAGCCAGCUUCCACAAGCAAUGAGCGCAGAAACAGGAUCGAGCCUGCAGCAAGCUUUCCAGCAGCGACUACUCCAGCAGCAGAUGGGAUCACCAGCUCAGCCCAAUCCCAUGAGUCCCCAGCAACACAUGCUCCCAAACCAGGCCCAGUCCCCACACUUACAAGGCCAGCAGAUCCCAUCGUCACUCACCAACCAAGUGCGUUCGCCACAGCCUGUCCCCUCACCACGGCCCCAGUCCCAGCCUCCCCACUCCAGUCCCUCCCCUCGGAUGCAGCCACAGCCUUCUCCCCACCACGUCUCCCCACAGACCAGCUCCCCACAUCCAGGACUGGUAGCUGCCCAGGCUAAUCCCAUGGAUCAAGGGCACUUUGCCAGCCCGGACCAGAGUGCAAUGCUUUCUCAGCUUGCAAAUAAUCCAGGCAUGGCGGGUCUCCAUGGUGCAAGUGCCACAGAACUGGGACUCAGCUCAGAUAAUUCAGACUUAAACUCAAACCUUUCACAGAGUACACUAGACAUACACUAAAACACAUUGUAGCAUUUUGGGAGCAAAAAAAAAACUUAUUUUCUCAAGACUUUUUGUACUGAAGACAAUUUUUUUUAAUCUUUCUUAGCAGAACAUUUUUCCCUGGAAUACAUCUGAAUUCUGCAGCAGUAGUUUGUGGUUUUAAAACUACAAAACCAACUAAAUGAACCUGAGGGACAAUAGAAUACAAAGAAAAUAUAUUUUUGUUAUGGCUGGGCUCAUAACCAGUCCUUUUUCUUGUUUUUGUUUUCCCUUCGCGUGCGUUGGGGAGGUGCUUGGGAGGGGGGCAGUUAUUUGGCUGCUGACUAAAUAACUUCCUUCUCUAGCCUCCAUUAGGUUUUAUUUUUUUUAAAUUAAUGAAAAUAUGUAAUAUUGAUAGUUAUAAUUUACUGAAGCAGAUGGUUAACUUUUUCCCCUAUUCUGUUUUUCCUCAUGUCUACUGCAAAAAAACAAAAAUGAAACAAAAACAAAAAUAGAACAUUGCCUACAACUGGAGGACAAAAAGGGUGAAUGUUGCUUUAAAAAUACAGUGCAUAUAUAUAUAUAUAAAUAUAUAUUAAAGAUAAAUACCAUUUUUUCCUCUUUGGUUGGAAAGAUGUCAAUUCUUUUAAAAACUGUAAAAUUAUUAAGUAACCCGGUCUCCCUCCUGAAGUCUACUUUUGUCCUCCAAGAAUUUUCUAUACCAGAGUCUGAGCUUAAACUUCAAGUAUUAAAAUUUGUACAUGUAGAGAGAAAACAACUUUUUUGCAAAUACACGGGGGCAGCUGCCAAAUGGAUGUAGUAUAUAUAUUGUGGUUUGUUUUCUUGAAAGAAUUUUUUGUUAUUUUUACAUCUAACAAAAGAAAAAUAAAGAGGGUAAGAAACCAUUCCAAGGGUAUAAUUUUAACCUGAGAGAAAAUCCCUGGGGUUUCUUCUUUAUGCUUGCUUUCUCUUUCCCUCCCCUCCCUUUUCCUCCUCUUCCAUUUUCUGUAAAACUUGAAAAUAGAAAGCAAAAAACCCUCAAAAUGUUGUAAAUCAUGCAAUUAAAGUUGAUUACUUAUAAAUAUGAACUUUCGAUCACUGUAUAGACUGUUAAUUGAUUUCUUAUUACCUAUUGUUAAAUAAACUGUGUGAGACAGA